AUGGAGAACGUCACUACAGUGAGUGAGUUUCUCUUACUUGGCCUGACCAGUGUUCAGUAUCUGCAGCCUUUCUUCUUUGUGCUUUUCUUAAUCAUUUACUUGAUAAGCUUGGUUGGAAAUGGAGCUAUAUUGGUGAUCAUUAUUUUGGAGCCCAAACUCCACUCCCCCAUGUAUUUUUUCCUGGGAAACCUUUCUUGUCUGGACAUCUGCUAUUCUUCGGUGACACUGCCCAAGCUGCUUCUAACCCUCUUGUCCACUCGCAGGGUCAUAUCUUUCCUAGGCUUCAUCACUCAGCUACACUUCUUCCACUUUCUGGGCUGUUCUGAGGCCAUCUUGCUGGCCAUUAUGGGCUUUGACCGAUUCGUGGCCAUCUGCUACCCACUUCACUAUGCCAUGCUCAUGAACCACCAGGUAUGUGUCCUCUUGGCUGCCGUAGCCUGGCUCACCAGCUUCCUUUAUGCUCUGAUGCAUUCUGUCCUGACUGCACGCCUGAACUUCUGCCACUCUCUGAAACUCCACCACUUCUUCUGCGAUGUGAAGCCUCUCCUGGAACUGGCCUGUGGUGACACGCAGGUCAAUCAAUGGCUUAUUUCCAUCAUCACAGGUGGGAUUUCCAUGGGUGCCUUCUUCCUGACUCUUCUCUCCUACCUCUAUGUCGUUGGUUUCCUUCUGUUUGAGCAUCAGUCCUGCAGCACACUUCACAAGGCUCUGUCCACGUGUGCUUCGCACCUCAUGGUGCUGUGUCUUUUCUAUGGGCCUGUGGGCUUCACAUACAUCCGUCCAGCCUCAGCCACUUCCAUGGUUCAGGAUCGGAUGGUGGCUGUUAUAUACAGCGCAGUCACCCCAGUGCUGAACCCACUGAUAUACACUCUUAGGAAUAAGGAAGUGUGGUUGGCUCUGAAGAAGAUCUUCAGGAGGAAGGGAGACAAGCUUGAUACCACAAAAAUACACAGAGACUUAUGA